AUGCGAUUGGCUGUACAAUCAAUCCCUUAAAACCUAUAUAAACAAUCCAAAUCCAAAUCCAAAUCCAAAUACCCUCUAAAAUCCAUUCGACGACGCCUCUCCCGCAACGCGGAGAAACAAAUCUCUCUUUGUUGCUUGAACUCUCUCUUGUUGAAGAUGGCUGGAAGAGGGAAGUCGGUGGGCGCAGGAGCAUUGAAGAAGGCACAAUCCCGGAGUAGCAAGGCCGGUCUGCAGUUCCCUGUCGGCCGUAUUACUCGUUUCUUGAAAGCCGGCAAGUAUGCUGAACGUGUCGGUGCCGGAGCUCCCGUCUAUCUCGCCGCCGUCCUUGAAUACCUAGCGGCUGAGGUGCUGGAAUUGGCCGGAAACGCUGCAAGGGACAACAAGAAGAGUCGAAUCGUUCCAAGGCACAUUCAAUUGGCUGUCAGGAACGAUGAGGAACUGAGCAAGUUGCUUGGCGAUGUGACCAUCGCUAAUGGCGGUGUGUUGCCUAACAUUCACAACACCUUGUUGCCGAAGAGGCCCGGCGCCUCCAAGGAUACUCAUGCUGAAGAUGAUUAAACCUUUGGUCUAGAACUGAUGAUUAGGGCUGGGUUUAGGGUUAGUGAUAGAAAAUUUGUCUUGAUUUCUGUUUCUUCUCUUUUCAGAUAAAUUUUAGGGUUUUAUCAUAGGGUUUCUGAAUAAUCACAGGUACGUAUGAAUCUGAUAUAAUUGGUAACGUUUAGUAAUGAUUUCAUGUUCUA